AUGCGAGUUGCUUUAAUUUUUGGAAUAACAGGACAAGAUGGUUCAUAUUUAAGCGAGUUAUUGUUAGAAAAAAAUUAUCAAGUGCAUGGAGUGAUAAGACGUUGUAGUUCUUUUAACACAAAGAGGAUUGAUCAUAUAUUUGAUAAGUUAAUUUUACAUUAUGGAGAUUUACUUGAUAGUAGUAAUAUAUGUUCAUUAAUAUGUGAAAUAAAACCAAAUGAAAUAUAUAACUUAGCUGCACAAAGUCAUGUAAAAGUAAGUUUUGAAAUGCCUGAGUAUACAACUGAAGCAACUGCUUUAGGUACCUUAAGAAUAUUAGAAGGAAUAAGAAUAUCAAAAAUUAAAAAUAUUAAAUUUUAUAAUGCAUCCACAUCUGAAUUAUUUGGAAAAGUUCAAUGUUCUAUUCAAAAUGAAAGUACACCAUUUUAUCCAGUAUCACCUUAUGCUAUAGCAAAAUUAUAUGCACAUUAUAUUACAAUAAAUUAUAGAGAAUCAUAUAAUAUGUUUUGUAUUAAUGGCAUUUUAUUUAAUCAUGAAAGUCCAAGAAGAGGAGAAACUUUUGUUACCAGAAAAAUUACUAGAGGUAUUGCAAAAAUUCAAAAAAAAUUAGAAACAUCCAUUAUCUUAGGUAAUAUAGAUACAUAUAGAGAUUGGGGUCAUGCCAAAGAUUAUGUAUAUGCUAUGUAUCUUAUGUUGCAACAAAAUGAGGCAAGUGAUUUUGUUAUUUGUUCAAAUGAACAACAUUCUGUUAGAGAAUUUUGUGAAAUAUCCUUUUCAUUUGUAAAUAUACAUAUUAAAUGGAUAGGAAAUGGAAUACAAGAAAUAGGAGUAGAUCAAAAUAAUAAUGUACUUAUCAAGAAAGACAAGAAAUACUUUAGAAAUUGUGAAGUCAAUACAUUAUUAGGUGACUGCUCAAAGGCAAAAAAUAUUCUUAAGUGGGAACCAACAUGUAAUUUUACACACCUCAUUUAUGAAAUGUUAAAGUCUGACAUGCACGAUUAUAAUUUAACAAUGGAUGAUUAUGAUACUUGUAUGAACAAAUAUUACACAUAUAAAAGGGGUGCAAAGUAA